CUAUAUUGGAUGGAUCCAUUCGAUUCAUUUGACUGCAUUUGACAUUUGUCUCGAUGCUCAAUUUCUCCAUACGUUAUAUUUUUCUUCGACUUUCCGUUCGCCGCCGACGUGAGAAUCUAUUUUUGUAAACGUGUCAAUUCUCCACGAGGUUAAAAGCAUGCAACAGCUCACAUCUGUUGCCUAAAAAGAUGCAUAACGGAAGAGAAAUGGCAUCCGUACCUAGUAAGGUUGAUCAUGUCGAUGGUGAUCAACGGGAGAACGAUCUCUUGUCGCCCAUAGGAGACAAGCACUAUGACAAGUACUCCAUUGACGAAAGGGGUGAUCACAGUACAUCGAAUGAGUCACUCAUACAAGGAAUUAAAGAAAUGAUUGCUAAAGAGACUGGGCGCAAUGUGAAAGGAAUAGUUGUCAAACCGUCGGAGCAAAAUAUGGACAAAGAGUCUGGGCGCAGUAAGAGAGUUACUGUCUGUGGAGUGUCUGAACACAUUAUGAAAAAAGUGAAUGAUAUAGAAUCUGAGCGCGAUAAAGCACAAUCGGAUUCUCAAUCAGUGACACAGUCUUCAUCUACGUCGUCACCGACGAACUCAGGGAACAGUAGCGACGAUGAUGGUAAGAUGAGCAACAUCGAAUCCUCUGACAGCGAACUGCUUGUUAUUGAUGAAGAUUCCGAUGUUCAGAAUGAGGAAUGUAACGUCAGUGACGCAGCAAGCGAGCUACUGAAAAUAAGGGAGUAUGAUCCUACUAUUGAUAAAAAUUUACCAGAUACUGUGACAUUGUUGACAACACCAGACGGAGGAAAAUUGUACCUAGUAGGAACGGCACAUUUUAGUGUUGAAAGUCAAAAUGACGUGUCAAAAAUGAUACAGGCUGUGCAGCCUCAUAUAGUUGUGGUUGAGCUGUGCAAAGCCAGAGUUGGCAUAUUGCAGAUCGACGAGGACGUUAUGCUUGGUUACGCUAAAAACAUCGAUUACCAAGCCAUGAUGCAGACCAUUCGGAAGGAAGGAUUGUAUGAUGGUUUAAUACACAUUUUAUUGCUAAGAAUGGCAGCUCAUGUCGCCAAGCAGCUUCGUAUGCCACCCGGUGGGGAAUUCCGGACGGCAUUUAAGGAGGCAAAAAAAGUGCCAAAUUGUAUCAUUCAUCUGGCUGAUCGACCAAUUAACAUAACGAUGCAGCGUGCAAUACGAUCGUUAUCCUGGUGGCAGACUAUAAAAUUAGGGUGGCAUCUGAUAGCAAUGAAAGACCCCAUUACUCAAGAAGACGUCGAACUCUGUAAACAACGAUCGAUGCUGGAUGAAAUAAUCGCCCAACUGAAGGAGGAAUUUCCGGUGGUGGGAGAAGUAUUUGUGAAGGAGAGAGACAUUUACUUGACGAAUUCCUUGCAGUUGGCCUGUCUACCUCAUCGUACUUCUAAUCAUACUUUUGAACCAGCGCGCGUCGUAGGAGUUGUCGGUUUAGGGCACAUACCUGGCAUUGUCGAAAAUUGGGGUAAAGUCAAGCCUUCCGAUAUACCACCCAUUAUGAGAGUACCACCGCCAUCGUUGUCGGGUAAAAUUAUAAAAUUGUCCAUUAAGGCAUCUAUACUUGGUGCUAUAAUUUACAUGGGCUACAAAGUUGUACCCACUGUUAUCACGUUCCAGUCUCUUAAGUCAUCGGUUCAGGGGCUUCUACAGAGUCUUUUGGAUGAAGACUUUUUUGAGUGUUUUUAUUGAUACAUAAUUAUAGUAACCAUGGAAGCGAAUGCUUCUGCCGAUGAGUACGAACA